AUGCUCCGUAAAUGCGUUAGGGAUCCGACCAAAAUCGUACCUGCAAGCGACAUUCAAGUCACUGAAAGAUUGACCUAUGAAGAAGUUCCUGUUGCUAUACUAGAUAGACAAGUGCGGAAGCUUAGAAAUAAAGAGGUCGCUUCAGUCAAGGUAUUAUGGAGGAACGAUAACAGAGAGGAGAUGACUUGGGAAGCAGAAGAAGCUAUGAAGAUCAAGUAUCCGUAUCUAUUUCCACCCCCAACGGAGACCCAAGGUGAAACACCAGUGCUCUCAGGAUGGCAGUGCAAAAUUGCAGGGGAAACUCUGGCGAAAUUUUCGCAGGAUUCCCGAGAAAUAACAUACCAUUGUCUGCCUUAUUUUCGUUUCACCCUCUCUUUCUCUCAAAAUCAGCUAUCAGUUUCUAGAUUUGAAAUUAUCAUCUGCCCUAUUCUGAUCAUCCUUCAUGAAUAUGUUGAGUUGGUUCAAGGGCUAUCGACUUUUCUAACCAACUUUGCUUGUCUCCUUGUAGUGGUGAGAGAAGAAAGAGGUCCCUAUAGUGAUCCUCAGCAUCCCUAUUUAUAUGAAGAAGAUGAUAUGUGGAUGGCACCAGGUUUCAUCAACCAGUUUCAUGAAGUUCCCGAUUAUUGGAAAGCAUAUGUGCAUGAUGUGGAUGAAGAGAGAGAAAUGUGGUUGAACUCAUUUAUUAAAGCUCCUUUACGAUUACCUAUGCCUGCCGAGCUUGAAUAUUGGUGGGCCAACGAUCAAAAGCCAGAAUUUGUUCUACUUAACAAAGAACCAGAGCCUGAUCCUGAAGAUCCUUCUAAACUCGUAUAUACUGAAGAGCCUGUCAUCCUGCACACUCCAACUGGAAGGAUUAUCAACUAUGUGGAAGACGAGGAACACGGGGUACGAUUAUUUUGGCAACCUCCUGUAAAAGAUGGUGAAGACGUUGAUCCUGAUAAGGUUCAAUUCCUUCCCCUAGGAUUUGACGAGUUUUAUGGUCGAGGCACGGCUGUUAAAUCAGAUAAUGUGUGGAAGCGGUUUGUUACCUCUUUGGAAAAUGCAUGCAAACCGAUGUUUGAGAAGAUGGAGAAAUGGACCGAAGAGAAGAAGAAAGCUGGUGAGAUGAAGAUGGAGCUGUUGAAAAAAGAGUUUGAAUUAGCUGAAGCGGAAUUGUCUCUGAAGGAAGCGUUGGAAGACAUGGACGAAGAAUUAAAAAGAAUGCAAGAAGAGGAAGAAAAGAAAGUUAAAAUGGGAACACAAGAAGAAGAUGAUAUUGCAACUUCUGAGGAACCAACAGAUAAACUUGAGAAAACUUGGGUGGAAAAGAGGGAAGAUGAGGAGGAGGAAGAAGAGGAAGACGAAGAGGAGGGUACCGCAUCAAGUUUUGGAUUUGUCGACAAUCAAAGCUCAGCUAAAAGUGACAAGAAGGAUAGCAAAGCCGGAAAGGCUCCAUUUGGAGCAUCGUCAUUGUCAUUUGCUGCCUGGAGCCUGGUUCCCACUGUGCCACCUAAGUUACAGCAUACGUUUACGGCUUGGAAGGGAAAGUUGAUGCCUAAGCCGUCAUCUCCAUUGUCCGCUUCAUCUAAUAUUCAUGAAUUUCCAAAGGAUCAACAGACUCCCCGCUCAAUUAGCUUCCCUCUUACUGUCGGGAUUAAUGGAAGCUUAAGAGCUGUUAGUCAAGGACAGUUGCCAGAGAAGUACAUCAGCAAGUCGCGUAUCAGAAACCGCUCAAAGCAGAAAACGUCUUCACAAAUCCAAGGAUAUCAAGAAGAGCUUUGCUUCAACAUAUUAUCAUUACACACACCACUACCCUUGUAAUGAAGCUAUUUUUCCUUCUUCCCCAUCUCAUUCUUUGAAGAACUUUGAUCAAUUUUGCAGUGCUGCCGCGAAUUGUUUAAUUCGAGCUAGGCAUAUCCAUGUAAUACAUUUCUCCACCAUGGUUGGUGGUUGUAACAUGGAAUUGUUCCUGUUUUCUUUCAUUUGUAACAUGUAUUAUUCUCAUCCGUUGUUCUAAUCAAUGCAGUCCAUAUUGCUUGCA